AACCCAACCAAACCCACCCCCGUAAGAACACAGACAAUCCCCCCCUCCUCUCGCAGACAUCCGGGCCCCACCACGUCAGCCUCUCAUGGCCUUCGCGGCGGAGCCGAUGGAUCUGGAGGUGUCGCCGGAUUCCUCGCCGGCGGCGGCGGCGGCGGCGGCGGUGUGCUCGAUCUGCCUGGACGCGGUGGCGUGCGGCGACGGGGUGGCGGCGAGGUCCACCGCGCGGCUGCAGUGCGGCCACGAGUUCCACCUAGACUGCAUUGGAUCUGCAUUUAAUGCAAAAGGGGUGAUGCAGUGCCCAAAUUGUCGGAAUAUUGAGAAAGGUCACUGGCUCUAUGGGAAUGAGAGCCAACCAUGUAGCCAUUCUGAUACAGGUGACUGGCUGAAUGGUGAAACCUUUGACUACCCGUUCUCAUUUGAAUUUGGGUGGUGUCCCUUCAAUACACCAUUGACCUCUGUUUUUGGGGAAAGCGAAUCUGAGCCAAAUCCUUUUUUGGAGUAUAUAGGGUCUCUGCAUGGUUUUCACCAUCCAAUGUAUGCGCCUUCUAGUUCUACUGCCAGUACUGAAAGCAUACCAUUCCAUCAGCGUCCUACUGGUACGGAAGGUCAUGCAACUACAGAUUUGAGAAAUACUCAAGUUUUCAAUGAAUCUGAGCCAAGAAACCAUGAGAGAGAACAGCAGUAUUUAGGUAGUGUUCAAAUGCCUGGAACACUCAAUCAUUCCACCGCCCCAUUUGGCAUAGGAAUGCCAAGAUAUGAUGGAGGCAACCAGCAAAGAUUGCGACCACAUAUGCAUGAUAAUUCCUUAUUCCACAGGCCGACAGCUCGCAGAGCAAGCAAUCUUGCACAUUUGAGGUCAUUAACUGCUGCGUCUGAAACUAGAGGCCAUGGCCAUGGUAUGACAAGUCACGCUGUUCAACAAACAAUUCCAUCAUCCAUGGCAAGCAAUCCACAACCUCCUGCGACCAGAAGGGUUCGACCAAGGGCUUUGUCAAUCACAUCUUUCAUUGCAGCCUCAUCGUCAGCUGAGAUCAGAGCCCCCCAUGACUUUCCUCUCACUGAAACCGCAAGCACCACAAACGGUAACAUCCGUAAUGGUGUUGGUGCCCCUAGACAUGCCAAUCAAUCAUACAGCUGGAGUUCAGAGACCUUCUGGCCACAAACUGGGGAACCUCACUGGUGGAGUCCGAUGGCUCCCGUACAUAAUCGAUCUUAUGAUAAUUUUAGUGGAAGAUCAGCCACAGAGCUGCUUUCCAUUUAUGGCGCACAGAAUGGUCUGCCUACUCCGCGAUUCCUGUGAAUACUUGUCUUCCCUCCAUCGUGUAUAUUCCGGGGUUGGCCGAUAUUUGGGUUUGUUUCAGCAAAGAAUGGGAAAUAACUGAGGCUUCAGUGUCAGGAACUCAGGUUGCUGUCAUUAAUCGUCAUCUUAUGUUGAUGAUGCCGGUAUUUCGUACCGUUAUGGUUUUUUAUUUCUGGAAGGCAACCUCAUGUUAGUUUCUUCAAGUGAAGAUGCUUUAUGAAUUGUCUCAGUUAAAGUGACAAUAUUGUUUGGAAUUCUCUAUAUGUGCUAGUCCUGAAUCAUACUGAGGAAAAUGCUGCUAAACAAUGUUGCCAUUGAACUGUAGUAAUUAUCGAAUCAAAUGCUUCUGCUGUAUAUCUUGAAUCA